CGGCGGCGGCGCGGGGCCCGCGGCGCCAUGGACGGACAGGCGGCUCCGGGCGCGGGCGGCGGCGGCGGCGAGGAGCCGCUGAGCUCCGGCAGGAUGAACCCGAAGCGCGGCGGGCGCGCCGCGGAAGAGGAGAGCCGGAACAAGCCCAAGCUGAAUAUUCAAAUAAAAACUUUGGCAGAUGAUGUGCGUGACAGAAUUACAAGCUUCAGAAAAUCGGCAGUGAAGAAGGAGAAGCCUCUCAUUCAGCAUCCUAUUGACUCUCAGCCUUCCAUUAGCGAGAUCCCACAUGCCCAGGCACUUGUUGAUGAGCGUUGCAUGAACUUAUCAGAAAAGGAAGUGAUGGAUCUCUUCGAAAAAAUGAUGGAAGACAUGAACCUGAAUGAGGAACGCAAAGCUCCUUUGCGAGACAAAGACUUGGGCACAAAGCGUGAGAUGGUUGUCCAGUACAUUUCUGCAACUGCCAAAUCCAUAGUCGGAAGUAAAGUUCCGGGUGGACUAAAAAACAGCAAGCACGAAUGCACACUGUCCUCACAAGAAUAUAUCCAUGAGCUGCGAUCUGGAAUUUCAGAUGAAAAACUUCUUAAUUGCCUGGAGUCUUUGAGAGUGUCUCUAACCAGCAACCCAGUCAGCUGGGUUAACAAUUUUGGACAUGAAGGUCUUGGACUUCUGUUGGAUGCAUUGGAAAAGCUUCUGGACAAGAAACAGCAAGAAAGUAUUGAUAAGAAGAAUCAACAUAAACUUAUCCAGUGCCUCAAAGCAUUUAUGAACAAUAAAUACGGUUUGCAAAGGAUUCUAGGAGAUGAAAGGAGUCUCUUGCUGUUGUCAAGAGCAAUUGAUCCAAAGCAACCACACAUGAUGACUGAGACAGUGAAAAUCCUUUCUGCCAUCUGCAUUGUUGGAGAGGAAAACAUUCUGGACAAGCUUUUAUGUGCUAUAACAACUGCUGCUGAGAGGCACAGCAGGGAAGAGCGUUUCUCUCAGAUUGUUGAAGGCCUGGAGAACCACGAGUUCAUACAGCUGCAGGUAGCAUGUAUGCAGCUCAUCAAUGCCCUUGUUACAUCUCCAGAAGAUCUUGAUUUCAGGAUACACUUGAGAAAUGAGUUUUUACGUUGUGGCCUGAAGAAAAUACUGCCUGCCUUGAAAGAUAAGGAAAAUGAUGAGCUUGAUAUUCAGCUGAGGGUGUUUGAUGAGAACAAAGAUGAAGACCACUUUGAACUGUCACAUCGUCUCAAUGAUAUCAAAGCUGAAAUGGAUGAUGUCAGUGAAGUAUUUCAUCUCCUGUAUAAUAUGGUGAAGGAUACUUCUUCUGAAAAUUACUUCUUGUCAAUUCUCCAACAUUUCCUUCUGAUCAGGAAUGAUUACUAUGUCCGACCUCAGUAUUACAAGAUCAUAGAAGAAUGUGUGUCACAGAUAGUGCUGCACUGCAGUGGCAUGGACCCAGAUUUUAAAUACAGAGGAAGGAUGGACAUUAAUUUUACACAUCUAGUUGAUGCGUGUGUGGACAAAGCUAAAGUAGAAGAGAGUGAAAAGAAAGCAGCAGAAUUUUCCAGAAAGUUUGAUGAAGAGUUCACAGCUCGACAAGAGGCACAAGCUGAGCUUCAGAAACGAGAAGAGAAAAUCAAAGAACUUGAAACAGAAGUCAAACAGCUCAGGACCCAGGGUCCAGGCCUGACAGGCCAACUGACAGAAGUCCCAGCAAUACCUCCAGCCCUCUCAAGUGAGAAUGCCCCACCAUCUCCAGCGCCUUCACUCCCUGGUGGAGCCAUCCCUCCUCCUCCUCCGCUACCUGGAGGAGCAACAAUUCCUCCUCCUCCUCCACUACCUGGUGGAGCAACAAUUCCUCCUCCUCCUCCACUACCUGGAGGAACAACAAUCCCUCCUCCUCCUCCCUUGCCUGGUGGAGCAGUAAUUCCUCCCCCUCCUCCAUUACCUGGUGCAGCAUCACUUCCUCCGCCGCCGCCUCCUCUGCCCGGGGGAGCCAUCCCACCUCCACCGCCUCUGCCCGGUGUGCCCCCACCUCCUCCUCUCCCUGGGGCAGCAGGGCCACCUCCUCCUCCUCCUCUCCCUGGGGCAGCAGGGCCUCCUCCCCCUCCCCCUCUGCCCGGGGGAGCAGGGCCUCCUCCGCCUCCCCCUCUGCCCGGGGGAGCAGUCCCUCCACCGCCGCCUUUUGGGGGGCCCCCGAUGCCACCCCCUCUUGGAGGGGCUCCCUUUGCUCCCUUCAUGGUGAUGCCAGCAUUGCCACACGGGAUGAAGGAGAAGAAGAAGUAUAAGCUGGAAGUCUCGAUGAAGAGAAUCAACUGGUCAAAGAUUGAACCUCAAGAAAUAGGAGAAAACAGCUUUUGGGUAAAAGCUGAAGAAGAUAAAUUUGAAGACCCGGAGCUGUUUGCAAAAUUGGCACUUACCUUUGGAACCCAAAUGAAAGCCAAAAAGCCUGUAGAAGAAUCAGAAGAAAAGAAAGCAGCUCAGUCAAAGAAGAAGAUCAAAGAAUUAAGAGUUUUGGAUGGAAAAUCUGCACAAAAUUUAUCAAUAUUUUUGGGUUCCUUCCGUUUGCCUUAUGAAGAAAUAAAAAAUAUCAUUUUAGAGGUUGAUGAAGAGAAGCUGAGUGAAUCCUUGAUUCAGAACCUGGUGAAGAAUCUUCCUGAGCAGAAAGAACUCAAUGCCUUAGCUGAAUUAAAGGAUGAAUAUAAUGAUCUUGCUGAGCCAGAGCAAUUUGGAGUUGUGAUGAGCUCAGUGAAAAUGCUGCGGGCGCGGCUCAAUGGGAUCCUGUUCCGGCUCAUGUUCGAGGAGCACGUGAACAACAUCAAACCUGACAUCAUGGCAGUGACUCUGGCCUGUGAGGAGCUCAAGAAGAGUGAAAGCUUCAGCAAGCUCCUCGAGUUGGUGCUGUUCCUUGGGAACUACAUGAACUCUGGCUCCAGAAAUGCACAAUCCCUCGGCUUCAACAUCAGCUUUCUCUGCAAGAUUCGAGAUACAAAAUCAUCAGAUCAGAAAACGACCCUGUUGCAUUUUCUGGCAGAAAUCUGUGAGGAGAAUUACCGGGACAUCUUAAAAUUUCCAGAUGAAUUGCAGCAUGUGGAGAGUGCAAGUAAAGUUUCAGCCCAGACUUUGAAGAGCAACCUUGAUUCAAUGAACCAGCAGAUCCAGCGCCUGGAGAAGGACAUUGAGAAUUUCCCUAAAACCCAGGAUGAGCACGAUAAGUUUGUAGAAAAGAUGAGCAGCUUUGCUGAGAGUGCCCGAGAGCAAUAUGAAAAACUGUCCAACAUGCACAACAACAUGAUGAAAUUGUAUGAAAAUCUGGGAGAAUACUUCACCUUUGAUCCCAAAGCAAUAAGCAUCGAAGAAUUCUUUGGUGAUCUGAGCAACUUCAGAACUCUGUUUUUGGAGGCAUUAAAAGAAAACAACAAAAGAAGAGAAUUGGAGGAGAAAACGAAGAGAGCCAAGCUGGCCAAGGAGAAGGCAGAGCGAGAGAGGCUGGAGCGACAGAAGAAGAAGCAGCAGCUGAUUGACAUGAACAAAGAGGGUGACGAGACAGGAGUGAUGGACAGUCUGCUGGAGGCCCUGCAGUCGGGAGCAGCUUUCAGAGACCGCAGGAAACGAACGCCACGAGCGCAAGAUAACAAACGAGUAACUUUGGAAAGGUCUCGUUCUCGACACAAUGGAGCAAUUGCAGCUGUAUGAUUCUUCUGAUGCCAAAGAAUUAAUGAAUUGUUUUAUUUACAAUGAAAUGGAUAUGCUUUGGAAAGAGUUUAUCAUCCAAAUUGGCAAUGAUCAUAGAGGAAUGCUGGUAUUGAUUAAAUGAGACGGUGUAAAAAUAUGUAAUUUUAAAGCUGUUGCUAAAAAAAUCCACAUACUGUAUCUUAUUACCCCAACUACCAAGAUCUGUAAACAGUGUUAAACAGUAGGGUAUAUAUCUUAUUUUCUUACGUUCUUUCUCUUUUUUUGCCCCCCUUUUUGUUGAAGCUGGCAACUCACAUGAAAGGAGUUGGGGAUUUCUAGGUUCUGUUUUAUAUGGGUAAGAAAAUACAGUUCUGUUGGAAGAGUACAGCCGUGGAUUCCAUUUGCAGUUCUGAUUUGAACAUGAAAGGAAAAAAUAAUAAAAUUGUAUGUUAAUAAAUUCAGAGAUGAGCUGGUCUACAUUAUCAGAAUCUUUUUUGUAACCAUAAAAAAGCAACACAUAGCCCCAGUGAGGUUGCUGAAAACCUUAUCUCAGUGUAAAGCCUGGUGGAUUCAGCUGUUUUAGCUGCCAGUAGGAUAUACCACAUAUCUACACUUUUGGUGAUACGAUGAUGUGUAGUUACUUAUCACUGCUAAAAAGAAAAAAAAAAAAAUCAAAUAAAACAGAGCAUAGGAUUUUUCCAAAAUGAUAUCAAGGGCAGAAUAUGUUUUUAACUGUAUCUAAGGUGGGAUUUUUCUAAUUGUGCACUUAUAUAUUCUUUAUAAAGAUAUUUGGGGGAAAAUAUGAUUGUCCUGUUUUGAUGAUGCUAAAAUUCCUGUGUGUAGAUUUUUAGAGACAAGCUACAUCAUGAAGUUUUUCAGAACUGCCUCUGAGUUUUUCCUCCGUUUCUCAGGUAAAAUAUGUAGCGGGAUCGCCACUGGUGGAUUUUAGUGCUGAGAGUUUAGCAGCUAACAACAAAUUUUCUACCUGGAGCACUGGCUAGCAGUGACCAAUGACUGCAGCAGGCUGAUUUUUGGGAAGCUCCUCCCAUUCCCCUUUGUGUCCAGGCCCUUGCACUGCAGUUCCUCAGGUGAGCAGCCAGCUGAGCAGCUGGCACUUUGUUCUGCCACUCCCUGGGGAGCCCCGUUGUCCCCAGGGGAAUGUCCAGCCUGGCUGGGGUCAGGCCAGGCUGCACCACCCCGUUCACUGAAGGUCCACCUUGAUGGGGUGGAGGCUUUGAAGUGGAAUUCCAGUGGAUCUACUGCAUAAGUUGCUGAGCUAUGAUGUUUUUUAAAGAAUCAGGAUGCUCUGUAGUAGCUGGCACUUGUUCUCAAAUUAUUAAUGCGUAUCACUGAUUGGUGAAAUUAUUAUGAAUACUUUUGUUGCCUGGUGUUAUGGGGAACUUGGGGUUUUUUUUAGUGUUCUGUAAAGACUGUUUGGAAGGUGAGGUGUCACGUGGUUUCUGUGCACACACUGCUUGCUCUGGAGGUUUGCUCCUGGGGCAGUGGAUCUUUGCACUACUGCUUGAGCCAAGCAUCUUUGUACAGUAGAUUUUUUGCUUCUCUGGUGAGAUACUCUUAAAACUAUCAGACUAGUUUGGGAUAAAUUCUCACAAUUUCAAACUACAUAUCCAGUUAUUGUAAGAAAAGAUACAGCUCCUUUUCAAUCUAGUAUUGAAAUUUUUUUUUUUUUUCUUCAGAACUUGUCUUCAAAGAAUACAGGGGGUUUGCCCAUAGCUCUAAACAUAGGAAUACCACUGAAGCCUAGUGAAAUGCUUGCUGUCAACUAAAUACUCUCCCUAAACUGUUUGGGGGUUUUAGUAACAAACUGAAGAGUUGUAUGGUACUUCAGGAAAAAAAAUAAAACCAAAAAAAACCAAAACAAAACAAAAAGGAAAAAAAAGCAUGCAACAGGAUUCUGUCUCCUUGUUUAUUAGUAAGAGCUAAAAAGAAUUAUAUCCUGUUUUGUGCAAGGUCAACAUCAGCCUUAUAUUGAAGCAUUGCUUCUUUAAAUGGAACUAUUAAAUUUACAGUUAUAAAAACGUGCUUAAUGUACAAAGCCAGUUUAAAGGAUUAGGUUCAUAAUGUCUCUAUAAAUCAAUAGUGUCUUAGAAUUCCGAUUUUGAAAUUAGCAUUUUGCUGGGAUUUACAAGUAUUGGUAUAAUCUUUGUAAGUGAAAACUCAAAAGCUCUCCACAGAAUCUUUAUACGAUAGCAGUAAUUAUUAGUGCACAAGUUUUUUCAUUUCCAUGGGUUAUAUUUGUUUGGAAAGCUCUGUGAAAGCUGGCUGCAGAUUUUCAACAACCAAAUCUUAGGAAAAAAAGGCAAAUCCGAAAUAACAACAUCAUCUGAUGCUUCUAUUUUACUACUAUUUUUUUCAUAUUUGAAACAUUUAUAUAAUUUAAUGGACAUAUCUGUUAGAACAAAAGUGUCUUUCAAAGGAAAACUAGUUUAGAAGAUAAUUUAUGUAAAUAUAGGGUGCUCGUAUUUAUGAAGUCUAAAAUAUUUUCUGAAAUUGAUGCUGGUCACUUUGUCUUUUGAUAGUUUUUCAGUCUAUAUUAAAUUGCAGAUAUUUUUAAUGUUUUUAUUAUUGAUCUAAUUUUCAGAGGUGUCACAUGUUUAUCUAGAAGUGUAGAAGAGUAGCACCUUUUUCAGAAAUGCACUUGCCUUAUUUUCUAAUUUUAAAAAAUGAAAUAUAUCAGUUAAAUUAUAUUUGUAUUCAAAGUAAUCCCAGAAAGAAAAUCACUGGAGGGUUCAUACAUAAAUUUCUUGCUAAUUAUGUUUCACUCUCUGUCCUCUGAGACAUUACGUUAACAAUAUACCAGCACAUCUGUUUGCAUUCACAUUUUACCAGUUACAAGUACUGAGAGAGUUUUUUUAAUGAUGUUACACUGUUUACAUUUCUUAGCUUAUUUAAGAGGAAGAUAAUUUUACCUUUGCGAUGAAUUGAACUAAAUCUCCAAAUGUCAUGGGAACGAAAUGUUUCAAUCGUACACAAAUAUACCUAUCUGUUGCUGAAAUCCUGGCUGUACAGAUCAGAAAUGUAAAGGCACUGGUCUCCUUUUGCUCCAGUUUUAUGCAGUUUACUGAGAAAUCAAGUGCAACACGGUCUGUCAUGUAUGUUUGUCUGUGAUUCAGCAGGGAGCCUUUCCCAGCACACCGGUGAUGUUUGUGUUAAUCCCAUCAGAGACCAGAGCUAGAGCCAAAACAGGGUCAGUGCCCCACAGUGCACUGGCAGACAGCUCCAGGGAGCAUUCCCAGGAACACUGUUGUCGUUUGUUCUGGUUUUAGCUGACUCUGGUCAGUAUGAGAAACGUGAUCUAAAAUUAUCUGUUCUUCUUGAGAAUUCAGAUACAAGAGCGUUCCCAUAGUUCCCUUCUGUAAUAUGCAAAUAAUCAUGAAUAUCUGUAUAUUUUUGCAUUUUUGUGUGUGGUAUAUGUACUACCUCAGACAAAUGCUGUAAAAAACAUAGUAUUUUCAUGGUUUCUAUCCAAGCCACAAUUCAUUAGUAACCUACUUUAAAUUCAUCCCACAACACCCAAAACUCUGAGAAUCCGGCUGAGUUUUAGGUUUGGCUCUGGAAAUCCUCCUAUAGCUUUUGUUAAGGAAACUUUGCAACGUUCAGCUUUUGCAUCCCUCAGGCAAAUCCUGCUUUGAUGGGUGACUUUAGUCCUUCCUACCCUGAUGAAUGAUCUAGCUAGUAAAUAUUUAAAGCUGGUAAUAGUUCUGUGGGAGCAAACUUACCUAUGUAUGUAAAUUGCUUCUUUUCCAUUAAACCAAGGCUUGGCUGAGUUCUACUUUGCUGUUUGCCUUCCAAGUGCUGCAAGGUCGGGCAGGACAAGUGCUCAGCAAUGUCCAGCCCACCUCUGAUGUGCCAUACUGUACUUGCAAGUUACUCAUUUUUAAAUAAGUAUUGUAAGAAACCUCUUCUUCCGCGGUAUCUCCACACAUGCCCACGCAUGCACAUAAAAUGUAAAUAAAAAAUUUUUAGAAAAAAAUCAAAGCAGAUGCAGCCAAAUGCCUCAGCUUCAGGUGUCUCCAGGUCACAUAGUGCUGUUUUUGUGCUCCAGGGGGGGAGUUGUGUGAGCCUGUGCAUUCUGCAGUCCUGCAAGCACCCACUGAUGUCACUGGGAGAGUGGGAAAGGAGAAGGAUUUGUUCUUGGAGUGCUUUUAGCACUGUUUGAGGUGAUACAUAUGCCACAGAAUGUGAACAAUAACCUAUUACUGGUCAUUCAGUCUGCUGUCAUGCACCAUUUGAUUUCCCUUUUGGAAGUCAUAGGACUCCUGAUGCCAAAAAAAAAAAAAAAAAAAGAUAAAAAAAGGUGACAAAACUCAUGCAUUUCUAUUUUUUAAACAGCUCUGUGUUUGUAUGUAAUGUUUAAAAUAGGAAUUUGAUGAAAUCACAGCCUGGCCAUUGUUAAUCCAUGUAUUCUGAAAACUGUAAUAAAGAUAUACAUAACAUGAUUCUGGUAGAUGCACCAAUGUUUUACUUGAUUAUCAUGAUUAUUUCCUGUUGAGUACCAUCACCUCAAAGCCUGGGUUUGCUGUAUAAAAUUGUCAUGCUGAAAUUACAUUCCAUUUUAGCUUACUGUCA